UUGUGAAUCAGUUAUUCUGUGUGUUUCUAAAGUAGUGUAGCCCUUGCCCUGCUUCCAGAGGGCGGGUUGUCUCUUCCUAAAUCUGUACAUUUCUGGAGACUCCACGCUGUGAAGGGCUGCAGGGAUAAUACUGUCCUACAGUCUCUCCGGAGUGCGGCUCCCUUGGUUGUAAGGCCACAUUUUCCCAGCCUCUAAAACCUUCCCCUGCCCAUAUAAGGAGAGGCAGCUGCUGGGGGAGAGGAUCUAAAGAUAGCGGCCCCUGCCCCGGACAGCAAGAGCCGCCAUGGCACGGCAGCAUGCCCGGACCCUGUGGUAUGACAGGCCCAAGUAUGUGUUCAUGGAGUUUUGUGUUGAGGACAGCACCGACGUCCACGUGCUCAUAGAAGACCACCGCAUUGUGUUCAGCUGCAAGAAUGCUGAUGGAGUGGAGCUGUACAAUGAGAUUGAGUUCUAUGCCAAGGUGAACUCCAAGGACUCUCAGGAUAAGCGCUCUGGCCGCUCCAUUACUUGCUUUGUGAGGAAAUGGAAGGAGAAAGUGGCCUGGCCCCGGCUCACCAAGGAGGAUAUCAAGCCGGUGUGGCUGUCUGUGGACUUCGAUAACUGGAGAGACUGGGAAGGGGAUGAAGAGAUGGAGCUGGCUCAGGUGGAACAUUACGCAGAGCUUUUGAACAAGGUCAGCACCAAGAGACCUCCCCCUGCCAUGGAUGAUCUGGAUGAUGAUUCUGACAGUGCCGAUGCAACAAGUAAUUAACUUCGCUGCAGAGCUGGGGAGGAUGCUGUGGCUGUCUUCUGACAAGCGAGGGCCUAGGCCUUCGUCCAGCUCUUUGGCUGUGCACCAGGGUCCUCUGGGAUCUCAGAUCUUUCCUAGAAGCUCUUCAUUCAGGGUCCUCCUAUUUCUUUACCUAGGCUAUUUCUUUUACUUGACUAUGGCUGCUGUAUCAAUGGCAGACUAGUAAAGAAGUAGACUGGCGGCCCUUCUGACUUCCUACCAAUUGGCUAUAAUCUCAGUGUUUGGGCCACUCAUCAGGGCUCUCCUGAGUAUCUGAGCAUGUGUACGUAUGGAUGUGGUAGAGCAGAAGCCAAAGCAGCAGCAUGUAGAUUAUAAUAAAUCUCUAGGAACUGGUCUGUUUUCUUUCCUGCUUGUACUUCUUCCUCCUGG